AUGUGGGGACAGCGGAGCCCGUGUGGGGACAGCGGACCCCGUGUGGGGACACCCCGGCACCAGACCCUGUGUGGGGACAGCGGAGCCCGUGUGGGGACAACGGCCCUGCCUGGGGAAACCGCCCUGCCUGAGGACAUCCCGGAACCGGACCCUCUGUGUGGGGACGCCUCCCUGCCUGGGGACCCUGCCCUUCCCCGCCCCCGCCGCCGCCUCCCGCCGCCUCCCGCCGCCGCCGGCAGCGUCCUUGCGGCAGGAAGAUGCCCGGGGAGGUGCCGCCGCCGGCGCCCCGGGGGGCUGCGGAGCCUCCCGCUGCUGCUGCUGCUGCUGCUCAGCGCCCGCGCCGCGCUGGCUCAGCGCUGGCGCAAUGAGAACUUCGAGCGGCCCGUGGACCUGGAGGGCUCCGGGGACGACGACCCCUUUGGGGAGGAUGAGCUGGAUGACAUCUACUCCGGCUCUGGCUCGGGGUAUUUCGAGCCAGAGCCGGGGCUGGACACGGCCGUGAGCCUGACCACGGAUACGCUGGUGACGCUGCCCACCACGGCGGCCGUGCUGCCCGUCACCGCUGCCCAGCCCAUGGCAACGCCCCUGGAGCCGUCCCCCACAGCCCAGGACACCACCCCCGGGCAGGCCACCAGCGCCCUCCUCAUCCCCAGGACCACAGAAGCACCGGUGGUGCCCAGCUGGAAAACCACAACUGCCACCAGCACCAUGGCCAGCGAGCCCCCAACCACCACGGCCACCACCACCACGACCACCAUGGCCACCACCACCACCACAGCCACCACCACCACCACGGAGGCCACCACGACCACAAGCAGCACCACCGUGGCCACGGCCAAGCCCACCACCAUCCGGAGGUUCCUGCCCCCCUUGGCCACCAAGGCGGCCACCACACGGACCCCCACCACCCUGGAGACCCCCACCACGCCUGUCCCCGAGACCAGCACGCCGACAGAGGUGGCCACGUCACGCCCUGUCCCCACCAGCACGGCCAGGCCCAGGGCCCUGCCAAAGCCCAGCCCCUCGAGGACUGCAGAGCUCCCCGAGAAAAGCACGGCCUUGCCGCCCACGGCCACCACGCUGCCGCCCACUGAGGCCCCCCAGAUGGAGCCAGGGGAGGUGACAACAGCCCCCGACAAGGAGCCGGAGGCGCCGGCCAGCAGCGGCCCCAGCGGGGACUUCGAGAUCCGGGAGGAGGAGGAGACGACUCGUCCCGACCUCGGGAAUGAGGUGGUGGCUGUGGUGACACCACCAGCAGGGCCGGGGCCUGGCAGGAACGUGGAGACGGGGCUGUUGGACAACACGAUAGACUCGGGCAACUCGGCUGCUCAGCUGCCCCAGAAAAACAUCCUGGAGAGGAAAGAGGUGUUGAUAGCGGUGAUCGUGGGUGGCGUGGUGGGCGCCCUUUUCGCCGCCUUCCUGGUGAUGCUGCUCAUCUACCGCAUGAAGAAGAAGGACGAGGGCAGCUACACCCUGGAGGAGCCCAAGCAGGCCAACGUCACCUACCAGAAGCCCGACAAGCAGGAGGAGUUCUACGCGUAGACGGAGAGCCCGGAGUGCCUCACGCUUCCUCCCUCCCUCCCUCCCCGCUCCAAACCCUCCUCCUCCUCUCCUCCAUCCAGUCUCUCUCUCCUCUCCCUCCUCUCUCUCUUUUUUUGGGAUCAGACUGUGAAUUUUUAAAAGCAAAACCCACAGCGGCUGAAGGAGGAAACGCGUCCUUGGCAUGGGGGGCACGGGGUGCCCGGAGCAGCGCUGCGGUCGCACCGAGCGCUGCCAAGGUGACACCAAGCACCGCUGUGGUCACGUGGAGUGUGCCCAAGUCACAUCAAGCAGUGCCCAUGUCACGUCAAGCAGCGCUGCCAUCACACUGAGCACCCCAAGAUGACGCUGAGCACUGCUGAGGUGACACCGAGCAGCGCUGCGGUCACACGGAGUGCGUCCAGGUCACGUCAAGCAGUGCCAAGGUGACACCAAGCAGUGCCCAUGUCACUUCAAGCAGUGCUGCCAUCACACUGAGCACCCCAAGAUGACGCUGAGCACUGCUGAGGUGACACCGAGCAGCGCUGCGGUCACACGGAGUGCGUCCAGGUCACGUCAAGCAGUGCCAAGGUGACACCAAGCAGUGCCACGGACACACUGAGCAGCGCUGAGGUGACACUGAGCACCCCAAGGUGACACCGAGCACUGCUGAGGUGACACCGAGCAGCGCUGCGGUCACGCGGAGUAUGCCCAAGUCACAUCAAGCAGUGCCCAAGUCACAUCAAGCAGCGCCAAGGUGACACUGAGCAGUACCACAGUUACACUGAGCAGUGCUGAGGUGACACUGAGCAGUGCCAUGGUCACACCGAGCGUGCCCAGUCACAUCAAGCAGUCAGUGCUGCCAUCACACCAAGCAGCACCAAGGUGACACCAAGCACUGCCAUGGUCAUACCGAGGGCGCCAUGGUCACACCAAGCAGCACUGAGGUGACACCAAGCACUGCCAUUGUCACACCAAACAGUGCCAUGGUCACACCAAGCAGCACUGAGGUGACACUGAGCGCACCCGGGUCACACCGAGCAGUGCCAAGGUCACAGCAAGCACCCUGAGGUGACACCAAGCACUGCCUGGGUCACAGUGAGCACCCUGAGGUGGCACUGAGCAGCACCGUGGUGGCACUGAGCAGUGCCAAGGUCACCCUGAGCAGCACCGUGGUCACACCGAGCACCCUGAGGUGACACCGAGCACCGCUGGCCUUUCUGCUGGCGGGAGGGACGGGACAUGGAGCCGAUGCCAAGGAGCCGAUGCCAGGGCAGCCGUGCCCGGGAGUGCCCUGGAGAGCACGGGAUGGGCUGCCCACGGUGCCUGGAGCUCAAAUGGACUUUUCCCAACACCACCACCACCACCACGAACUCUGGGAUUCAGACCCCUCCUGCCAGCCCUGGGGCGCAGGGGGUUUGCUUUGGAUUUAUUGCCCUUAUUUUUCCGUCCAUAAAGGAAGGAGAUUUCCUUCCCUCUGUCUCGUCUUUAUUUUUUGGUUUUCCUUUGGAAUGGGGUUGGCUGCUCUGCAGGAAUCUCCUUCUGCUGGAAGAGAGAACGUGACUGUCCAACGCUCCUGGAACCUUGGGAAAAGCACAAGGGGCUGGAAUACCUGGGAUUUGCUCCUGGAGUGGGGAAAAAAGGAAAUAAAUACAAACGCUGGGAAUUAUCCCUUGGAUCAACAUUCUGGAGAGCUUGUAGAGCUGCACUGGGGCAUUCCAGGCUGCUGCCAUCCAACCACCCCUGGAAUCUCUUGGAUCCGCAUCUGGCUGAGGGGUUUGGCCAGGAAGGGACUUGUCUUGGGCUGGGUUUUCACUGUGACCACUAAAGCUCGGCUUUGCUGGACAUUCCUUGGGGAGGAGCUGGGGCUGGAGAAGCUGAAUCCUGUGCCUGGCUCUUCCAGAGGGGAUAACAGAGCUCUGCAGGGCAGGGGAUGCAGCCUAAGGGAGGAAAUCCAAGCAGGGACCAUCCCUGUCCCCUCAGGGUCCCACCGAGGUGAGGAAGGGGAGGCAGAACCACAGCUGAGCCCCAGGGCUGGUUGGAUCAUUGCAAAGAUCCCCAAAUCGAUGGAAACACCCAGGAUUGAUGGUUUCCCUUUGUUUUUUGCAUCCCCAGGAUUGAUGGUUUUCCUUCACUGGUGUUUAAAUCCCACAGGGAUGGAGAGAACCCAACCCUGGCAAACCCAGGUGUCCCCUGCGAGGCUGCCCAGGGUACAGAUUAAUUAAUUAAGAUAUUUCAAUUAAGCUGCUUCAAUGAGGUGGCUCUUAAUUAGCUGGAGCCCUGUUUGUGGGGUUUUGCUGUCACAAUGGUCAUGAUCUUGAUGGGGUCCCAUGGAAACUUUUGAUUUGCUCUUGGAACAAUUUAAAUGGGAAAAUCUGGGGGAAAAUCAUUGCUUUGUGAAUUAACAGAGCCAGGGACACUUUGGCCCCUGAGGGGAUUGGGGGAUUUAGGGUUUCAUGGCCUUGGACAGAAGAGCUUCGUUGUGGAAGGGAUUUGAGGCCAGAAGAAUAUUUUGAAUAUAUAUAAAUACAUAUCUCCACUCCUGUACACCCACAGUAACACAGGUGUGGAAGGAAACGAAAUCCCUGGAAUUUCUCAGCGCACUAGGAUGCUUGGGUGGGAUUUGGAGCUGGGAAGUUGGGAGCUCUGGGCUGCUUUUCCCUGGGAUAUAACCCGAAAUGACAACCUGGCUUUACUUCAGGAUAGGGAACAGAGACCCACGUGUGGGUCAGCUGCAAAUCCUCAUUUUUGAGCUGUCAGCCUCAAAAUCCUCAUGGUUUGGUUUCUUGGAGCUUGGAGAAGGCCCUGCUGGAUGUUUGGGGUGGUGCUGGGAGUGACCAUUUCCAUGUCCAUCCCAGAGGGAGGAUGAGGAUGAGGAUAAGGAUGAGGAUGAAGGAUGAGGAUGCUCCAAAGGAGGGAGCACACUUGGAAGGAGCCUGGUGCCAACCCAGAGCAGCUUUGUGUUGCUCCAGGGGGAGUUUGGACUCCUGGAUUUGAUGAUUUGGAGGAUUUUUCCCUGUUGGGAUCACACAAAGGGGAGUGGCACAUGUCAAGGUCAUCAAGGUCACCCAAAAUCCCCAUCUUUUGGGAAACCUGGAUUUAAUCUUUGGAGCUUGCUUAAAAAAAAAAAAAAAAAAUCCCUCCCAGCUUAAUCUUUUUAAUGCUGCUUUUCAGAGCUGCCUCCUUAAUCUUCUUCAUUCCAUUUUUCCCUCCUAUUUAAUAGUCUGAAGUUCCAUAAUACAAUUUUUUUACUCACUCAAGCUUAACCUCGUCCCUCUCAGCUGGUGUUAUGUUGUAAUCCCGGCACUUAAAUCCAUCACAGCUUCGAGAGUGAGGGAAGCCGGAGGUGGGAGGGUGAGAGGAGCCUGGGCAGGGCUUCUGCAGUAAUUAAAAUAUGAGAUAAACACAAUAAAAAAAGGUGAAGGCUACUAAACUGCUAAUCAGAAGUGAUGAAAUAAUUCAUUAUCUCCUGCUCCCACACUUUUGCUCUCCACCAGGAGAGGGAUGUGAGCUCCAGGAGAGUUUUUUUUUGUUUUGGAACCAAAUUUUGUGGUUGUGUAGUGAUGUCACAGCCUCUUGUGUCACCUCAGCUCCAUGGGGGCUGUUGGAGUCGAUGUUUGAAGGGAACAAAAAAAGUCUUGUUCUGGAGGAUGUGACCCUGUGCCUCCCUCCAAGGAGCUGGGAUGGAGCUGAGUAUGGGCAGGACUUUUUGGGGAAGUCCAUCUCCCUCAAAAAUCCUGGAUAAAGCCAUUUCUCCAUGAGCAGAGCCACAGGGAUGGAUAAAAACCCAACCUGAGGGUCGGUGCCUGGUGCAGGUGGAGGCAGCUGCUCCCUCCUGCUCCAGGGCUUUCCAGGGAUUCCUGCUGGGAACAGGGAUGGGGAAGAGGAGAGGUGGUUUCACACAGGAGCUUCCAGCUUCCCCCAGAGCCAAUUUUUGGGAAAAUUAACUUCAGUGGGAGCAGAAGCAUCUCCAGCAUCUUCCUUUCCCAAAGCUGAGUCUGGCACCAUCCCCUCUGCCCAAAUUCCCAUCCCUCACCCUGAUCCCAGCCAGGAGCAGCUGGAGCAGUGCCCAGAUGUGCUGGUCCUUGCAGCUGUGCUCCCUGAGGGAUUUUCCAUGGCUUUUCCAUUUCUUUUCCGCCCAUUCCUGCGUGUGUGCGAUGUGCUGGAGCCUCAGGGAGAACCUUGACUGUUCCAGCUGGAUCAUUUUAGGAGUGUCUGGAGUUGCAGGGUGGUGUGGGCUGCUCUGCCAGCUGUGCCAGCCUUGGGGCUCUCCCUGCUGGAACUGCAGCAGGAAAUAAUGGAGAAAAUCCAGCAGAACAGCCAGGAACUCCUAGGCCAUUAUCCAAAGGGAAGGGAAGAGGACAGAGCCCAAACCAGGGCUGGAAUGGGGAGUUUGGGAAGGGCAGGACAUGGAAGGGGCCCAGCAGCAGCAGGACCCGGCUCUGGUUGGGUUUUGCAGGGUGGGAGUUGUCCCUUUACUCCAAAAAUCUCUCUGAUCUUGGAUCUUUCCAUAAAAGCACCAGGCGCCUGUGUUGGGAUGGAGCUGUCCCUUAGCUCCAAAACCUCUCUGAUUUUGGACCUUUCCAUAACGAGCCAUGCUGGGGGACCCGGCUGCAGGGAAGGGGAUGGGACGGGGAUGGCUCAGGCCGGGUGACUGCCAGGAUGGGCUGGUUUGCCUCAAAUUCCCCCUCUCCAUCCCCAAUUCCCCAAAAAUCCCUGUCUGGGAGUUCCUUUGCUCAUCUCCAGCUCCAGCAUUUCGAGCUCCCUGUGCUGUGAAUCCCCAGCUCAGAUCCUUCCACAGGAACAAACCCACCAGCCAAGAACUGGAAUGGAUUUUUUAAUUCCCUUUUCCUCCCAUAACCCCCCUUGUCAUGAUCUUUUCCAUGCUCCAAGGUUUUCUGCCAGGGUCUGAAGUAACUCUGAGCUUUCAAUCCAGACAAGUUUGGUGGGAAUGAGCUCCUUGGGAUCCCAGGAGUGGGGCUGGGCUGUCUGUGUGUGUAUAUAAUGUGUGUAUGUAAUUAAUGUAUAUGUUGAGAUGUAUAGAUGGGCAUGGGGCCAGGGGGCUCUGCUCCUGAGCGGGAAAAGGAGGAGGAAAAAGAGGAAAAUAAGGAGGAAAAAGAGGAAAGGGAAGAUGAAAAAGAGGAAAAGGAGGAGGAUUUGUCCUCCAGCACCACAUGCUGGGCUCUGUAGCCCUUGGCCCCUGUCCCAAGGAAUGUGGGAUUCAGCCUCAUUCCCUGUCCCAAGGGAUGCAGGAGUCCCUGCCCAAGGGAUGUGGGAUUUCCUGUCUCAAGGAUUUUGGGACUCAGCCUUGGCCCUGCUCCCAAGGGAUGUGGGAUUUCCUCUCCCAAGGAAUGUGGGAUUCAGCCUCGACUCCUGUCCUAAAGGAUUCGGGAUUCCCGCUAUUUCCCUGUCCCAAGGGAUUCAGGAUUUAGCCCUGGCCCCAUUUCCAAGGGAUGCGGGAUUCCCUGUCCUAAAGGGUGUGGGAUUCCCAUCAUUCCCUGUCCCAAAGGAUGCAGGAUUCUCUGUCCCAAAGGAUGUGGGAUUCAGCCUCAUUCCUUGUCCCAAGAGAUGUGGGAUUCAGACUUGGCCCCACUCCCAAGGGAUGCAGGAUUCCCUGUCCCAAGGGAUGUGGGAUUCCACCUCUCCACUUCCUGCUGCUCCUCCCUCCCCUCCCUCCCCUUCACAUCCCAGUCACGAUCCCGAUCCCAAUCCUGAACCCAGUCCUGAUCCCGAUCCCAGUCCCAAUCCCAGUCGCAAUCCCAAUCCCAGUCCCAAUCCUAAUCCCGAUCCCAAUCCCGAUCCCAAUCCUGAUCCCAAUCCCGAUCCCAAUUCCGAUCCCAAUCCUAAUCCCAGUCCCAAUUCCGAUCCCAGUCCCAAUCCCAGUCGCAAUCCCAAUCCCAAUCCCAGCCCCGAUUCCGAUCCCAAUCCCAAUCCCAAUCCCAAUCCCAAUCCCAGUCCCGAUCCCAAUCCCAAUCCCGAUCCCGAUCCCAGUCCCGAUCCCAAUUCCGAUCCCGAUCCCAAUCCCAAUCCCAGUCCCGAUCCCAAUCCCAAUCCCAAUCCCAAUCCCAAUCCCAGUCCCGAUCCCAGUCCCAAUCCCAAUCCCAAUCCCAGUCCCGAUCCCAAUCCCGACCCCAAUCCCAGUCCCGAUCCCAAUUCCGAUCCCAAUCUCGAUCCCAAUCCCGAUCCCAGUCCCGAUCCCAAUCCCAAUCCCGAUCCCGAUCCCAGUCCCAAUCCCAAUCCCGAUCCCAAUCCCGAUCCCAAUCCCGAUCCCAAUCCCAAUCCCAGUCCCAAUCCCAAUCCCAAUCCCAAUCCCAAUCCCAAUCCCGAUCCUGAUCCCGAUCCCAGUCCUGGUCUCGGUGGGUUGGGAUCUCCCAGGUGGGAUCCGGAGCCUUUUGCCUCUGCAGGGCCGGAGCAGAUCCGGGCUGGGAUCCCGGGGUGGAUCCAAAUCCCCGCAGGCUCCGGAGCCUCCCCCUUCUCUUAGAGGAGCCCCAGAGGGUCUGCAGAUCCCAACUUUUAUUUCUGUGUUUAUUUCCCCCAUUCUUUUGAUUUUUGGGUAAAAAUCCCCUGAUUUUUCACACUCCAGCACUUCUCCCAAGACCUCCAGGGCUCCAGGGGUUUUUCCUGCAGGAAUUGCCUCCGUUCAGGGUCCCCCCUGGCUGAAGUCACCCCAGCCCAGCUGACAAUCAAACCAGAUUUCCGAAAAACAGGAAUCCAUUGCAGUUUGAUAGAAAAACUUUUUAAAUUCCCCCCCGUCUCUCUCACCACCACAUCUCCAGGAUAAACCAUCACCCACUGCUCCUCCUGUAAAUAAACAUCCAACCUUCUUGUAUAAAUUAAAAAUAAAAUAAUUGUAAAAAAAAAAGACAAAAAAAUUCCGUUGAUAAACAUCCCAAAAAUAAAAUUUUAAAAAAUCUCCCUUUCCAGAAGAUUGAAGUAAUUCCAACUUUUUUUUUGGAGCUGAUUUCCAAUCCCCAUAGGAGAACAAAACAACGAUCUGGAAAACUACAAAUGUUGGAGCUUUCAAUGAAUCCGGGAGGGAAAAAAAAUGCAUGUAAAUAUUUUUAAUAGGAGACAUAUCUUAAACAGAACUUUUUUUUGUAUGUACAUAACUCUCCUAGAGUUUAGUACUGAAAUGGCUUCAUAGUGUCUGUUUCGAAAAGGAAAGGAAAAGAAAAUGUUUGUUAAUUGUUUUUGUUCUUACUCAAUGGCCAAAACUUUAAAAAUAAUGACAAAAAAAAAAAAAAGACUCUAAAAAUAAUCUUUGCCAAUGGAUCUAGCACUGUAAUGGUACUGUCUAUUUUUUUUAAUUAUUUCUGUGCUGUGCCCAUUUAUAAAAUGAGGAAAAGAUAAAAAAUAAAGUCAUUUAAACAUUGUC